GAACAGGAGGAACCAAAACCCUCACAGAUUGAGGAACACCAGGAACUCAGCAGCAGCCAGAAGGGAGAACAAUUCAUUGUGAAGUUUGAAAGUGAAACCUUGAAGGUUCCUUCUGUUGAGGAUCACAGUGACCUGACUGACCCAGAAGUACCAGAGACUGAGUGGUUCCUCUCUCAGGACUCUGAAGUCCACCAUGAGAAAAGACACAUGGACUCAGAACCAGCUCCAAAUCUGAAGCUGAAAAAACUCAAGGUGUUUGAUAGAAACAGUGAGAACAUCUGUCAUGUUUCAGAGAAGCAGGCUGAAUGUGAAGAAAGGUGUGAGGAAACUGACCAUAACAAACAUCAGUUAAAGGUCCCUGCUGAGGAGAUCCUUCAUGAAACAUGUGGCCAAAGUUUCAGGCAACCGGGCCACAAGAGAACUCACACAGGUGAGAAGCCUCAUUCCUGUGAAACAUGUGGCAAAAGGUUCAGGCAUCAUAGUCGUUUGUUGGUCCACAUGAGAACUCACACAGGUGAGAAGCCAUAUUGUUGCGAAACAUGUAGGAAAAGUUUCAGUGAACAGUGUCAUUUGUUGCGCCACAUGAGAACUCACACAGUUGAGAAGCCGUAUUGUUGCGAAACAUGUAGGAAAAGUUUCAGGCAUCUGAGUCGUUUGUUGUUCCACAUGAGAACUCACACAGGUGAGAAGCCUCAUUCCUGUGAAACAUGUGACAAAAGGUUCAGGCGUCCGAGUAGUUUGUUGCGCCACAUGAGAACUCACACGGGUGCAAAGCCAUUUUCUUGUGAAACAUGUGGCAAAAGUUUCAGUCAACGGUCUUCUUUGAAGGUUCACAUGAGAACUCACACAGGUGAGAAGCCUCAUUCUUGUGAAACAUGUGGCAAAUGUUUCAGUCAACGGUAUAUUUUGAAGUUUCACAUGAUAACUCACACAGGUGAGAAGCCGUAUUCUUGUGAAACAUGUGGGAAAACGUUCAUUCGAAGCAGUCAUUUCAAUGACCACAUGAGACGUCACACAGGUGAGAAACCAUAUUCUUGUGAAACAUGUGGCAAUACGUUCAUUCACCGCCACAGUUUGUUGCACCACAUGAGAACUCACACAGGUGAGAAGCCGUAUUCUUGUGAAACAUGUGGCAAAAAGUUCAGUCGACGGAGUGAUUUGUUGCGCCACAUGAGAGCUCACACACGUGAGAAGCCUCAUUCUUGUGAAACAUGUGGCAACAGGUUCAGUCAAUUGCGUUUUUUGAAGGCCCACAUGAGAACUCACACAGGUGAGAAGCCUCAUUCUUCAGGGCACUGAAGAUGAAAUGUGGCUGGGUCUUUCAGCAUGACAAUGAUCCCAAACACACCGCCCGGGCAACAAAGGAGGGGCUUCGUAAGAAGCAUUUCAGGGUCCUGGAGUGGCCUAGGCAGUAUCCAGAUCUCAACCCCAUAGAAAAUCUUGGAGAGAGUUGAAAGUCCGUGUUGCCCAACAACAGCCCCAUAACCUCCCUGCUGUAGAGGAGAUGUGCAGGAGGAACGGGCCAGAAUACCAGCAACAGUGUGUGAAAACCUGGUGAAGACUUAUAGAAAACGUUUGACCUCUGUCACUGCCAACAAAGGGUAUGUACCAAAGUACUGAGAUGAACUUUUGU